AUAUCAAAGAUGGCAUACAAUUUUGAUAAUUCAAAUUCAUCACUUGUUGCUGCAGCCCUCAAAUCAUUGACCGGUUUAUCCAUUAUAUCACAAUCAGAGUAUUUGAAUCAAAUACACAAUGGGAUAAAUAACGCUACUUAUCAAAACAUUAAUCCAGUAUCACUCCAUAGUUCUUAUUUAGCUGGUGGGGAAGUACAAAAUAAUAAUGAUGAUCUUGAUCCUCAUUAUUCUUCGCAAGGAAACGAAAAUAUCAAUCAACAUGAUAUUGAUUGUUCCGAUUCCCAAUUUGCUUCUGAUACCUCUUUUUCUACUCAAGAAUCUUCUCAUUUUUGUUCUGCAAAUAAUACGCAGUGUUUUAUUGUAAACCCGAAUAAUUUUAUGAUGUCUUCUUUACA